CACCUAUCACGUCUCGUGCAUGGGUGGGUAAUGGAUUAGAGUUUUUAGAAGUCAAAACAGAGAGAGAGAAGGGAGAAGAGUGGUUUUUCUGGUGAGCGGUUUACGGUUCACGCCAACCUCCCUGCAGCGAACGGUUUAGCUCAUCGCGUAUAAAUUCCAUCUUUUAAAGUACUUCUCCAGUGGAUAUCAGACGAAGCGGUUUCAGUUUUGGUUAGGGGAAGGUUAAAUUCUUGAUCAAGAUAUCUCUACGAAGACCAAGAAGAUCGAUGGAGGGUGGGAACGAAGGAGGUGAAAGGAUCAAAGGGUCGUGGAGCCCAGAUGAGGAUGCCAAACUAACGAAGCUGGUAGAGCAACACGGGCCGCGGAACUGGUCCCUUAUGAGCUUAAGCAUACCUGGUCGAUCGGGGAAGUCUUGUAGGUUGAGGUGGUGCAAUCAGCUGAGCCCGUUGGUUCAACAUCGUCCGUUUACACAGGCGGAGGACGCCAUCAUCCUUCAAGCCCACGCCACCCACGGCAACAAAUGGGCCACCAUUGCCCGUCUCCUUCCUGGUCGGACCGAUAACGCUAUCAAGAACCAUUGGAAUUCCACCCUUCGCCGCCGGUUCGCCGCCGACUCAUCUUCCACCUCGUCCGAGCCGGAAUCGGAUCUUGAAUCUACAAGGAAGCGGUUGUGCCUCCGGGUCUCUCCUGAGAAAAAUAGUGAUUGCGAUGAUAACGGCGGGAACAGAAAUAGUGAGGAGAGACUGAGGGAGCCGGAAACGUUGUUAACGUUGUUGCCGCCGGGGGAGAGUGCGCCAUCGUCUUUGCCGACACCGACCGCGCACGAUAGGGUGGAGGAAGAGACGGUUAGGGUGAAGGAUGAUCGGGUUUACCGAAUUGGAGGAGGGGAGGAGGAAGUAGAGAAAGAGAAAGGAAGAUAUGCGGCGGAGAUGAAAGAGAUGUGUUUGAUGACACUAAUGCACCGUAUGAUUGCGGAAGAGGUCAGGAAUUACAUUGACAGAUUACGGACUCAUGGUGGACUUGGCAUUGGGAUUGAACCCGUACCCGAACCCGAUUCAGAAAGUUCUUAGAAGUUGGAGAACAUAGAGAGAGAGAGAGAGAGUUUAGUUUGGUGAAAUCUUCCCACCCCCCCUUUUGGUUUCUCUUGGGUUUAUUCCGUUUUCAUCUUUUUACUGUUCCUUCGAUCAUGAACAUCUCUCUAUGUUCAUGAUCAACAUUAAAAUAGAACUGUAAAGAGAGAGAUUGGGAAAUUAAGGAGUCCGGUUUUCAGUUAGAAACUUAUUAUUUAUGUUAAGCGGUUAUCGAUUUUCAGUCUGCAGGUUGAGGGGUAAGGUGGGGGCCGGAGUUUCGGGUACUGAACAUGACAUUUAGCCUGCGUUUGGUAUGAAUUCUUGGAAAACAUUUUGUAUCAAAAACAUGGCAAAGGAAAAAUCCUUUGACCACCAAUAUCACUACACUCUACUUUGGCCAUCAACAUUUUCGCCAUCAUCAUUUAUGGGUGACAUAGUGAUUGCAAGGGGAUUAGAAGUGAUUUCUAUCUCGUCAUGUGACUUCCCAUGGUGGUGGUUUGGUUUGGUUUGGUUUGGUUUGGUCUCACCAUGAUAUAAAUUAUUUUUAACUCCUAACAGAAACUCAAGAUC